AGUCUAAAGUCGCAUAAAUCAAAGGUAAAUGUUUUUUUUGUAUUUCUUGCAGUGUUCGGAUAGGGUGGGUCGCCGAGGGCGGCGCGCGGGCACGAGGCGCCACGAGGCGACACGGGGCGGCACACUCCGCGCCAGUCGGGCAGCGCGCGCGCACGUGACCGACGACCUGCGCACACCAACAUCUCCAGAUAAACUGAGUUUCCGACAACAUCGACGAAAGUGAUAAUUAGUGCAUGACCCAGACCCACAACCAUUAAAGUGAAUAAUAUUAAUUAAAGACACAAGUGAUAAAUAAUAAUUGUGAAUAAUGGAGUACCAUCACCGCCACAUGGAGCAGUCAGGGCCUCCCCUGCAAGGCCAGGGGACCCAGUGGGGUUACGGCUGGGGCCCACCAGCACCCGCUCCGACCCAGCCUGCGCCUGCGCAGCGGGCCAAGAGAGCCCACUCCGAGAGCGAGGACGAUGCCUUCUCCGAGGAGAGCAGUAAGGAUGCCACCUCCCCCGGCGGCGGCGGCGACUCCUGCCAGCUGCUGACUCGCAAGCGGCGUCGCGGCGUCAUCGAGAAGAAGCGCCGCGACCGCAUCAACACCUCGCUGACGGAGCUGAAGCGGCUCGUGCCCGCCGCCUGCGAGAAGCAGGGCAGCGCGAAACUAGAGAAGGCCGAGAUACUGCAGCUCACUGUAGAUCACCUCAAAAUGCUGCAUGCUAAAGGACUGGACACAUUCGCGUACGACCCUCAGCGGUACGCGAUGGACUACCAUAGCAUCGGGUUCCGGGAGUGCGCCGCCGAGGUGGCGCGCUACCUGGUCAGCUGCGAGGGCCUGGACAUCCAGGACCCGCUGCGGCUGCGGCUCAUGAGCCACCUGCAGUGCUUCGCGGCUCAGAGGGAGCUCGCUGCGAAAUCUACGAACUGGGGAUACCCGCAGUACCCGGCGACGCCGGUACCGCAGCCGCAGCACGGCUACACGGAGCUGGGCGCGGCGCGGCAGGACGUGCCCGUGUCCACGGCGGCGCCCACCGUGGCCGUGCCCACUGCCAUCGCGGCGCCGCUGUCGGCCGCGCCGGGCUACCCGCACUACGCGGGCCCCGCCGCGCCGCCCUGCCCGCCGGGCCCGCACCCCGCGCCCCCCGCGCCGCACUACCCCGCGCCCUACCCGCACCACCCGCCGCACCACCAGUACUCGCAGAACACCUCCAAGCCCUACAGACCCUGGGGUGCUGAACUCGCCUACUAG